AUGUCACGCCAUGUAAGCAUUCCAAUUAACACCCUCACUGCUGUUAAUACUUUAAAAUGGUCUGUCGGCCGAUUAAUCGAUAUGGUAGAUUUGAACAUUUCCUCUCGUGAUUUUUCAAUCGUCCAAGAGUAUUGUAAGGCGGACACCAAAUUUUGUCAAGUCGUUUUUGAGUUCUUGAUGUCAAAACUUUCGAUCACACAAACGCGUUCUUAUUUCCAAUUAAUUUUUUUUCUUUUCGAAAAAAGCAAGACUAUCAAACAACUUGUGGCGCCACGUAUUCAUGACAUUUUUGCACGUGCCAUGCAGGUGGAUUGCGUGAGACUUUGGUCAAUCACUGCGUUGUCGGAUCUUGAUGAUAAAUAUGGAGACCUCUUUCCGACAAUACGAUCUGAAGCGACAAAUCGGAAAUUUGAGAAGGUCAAGAUUGAGAGUGAACAACACGAACUUUUUGUGAAACAACAAAACGAAAAAGAGUAUCAAAAUGUUCUGUUAAUAUACGAAGAUUGGAUAGAAAAAACAAAGAUUUUGAGUCGAAAAUUUGAAAGUGUUUUGGAAAACAUAGUUGUCAAUUUUUUAAAUUCGGAACGAGAGGAGUUGUCACAAGACGAAAAAAAUCGAAGUGAUGGACUUGAAGUGAACGUUUGUUCAACGUCAUAUGGUGUUUUUCAGAAGUAUAAAAAUAACUAUACGAAACGAGUUGAGAUUGAAAUGAGAGAGGUGUUGGAACGAGCAGAUUUAUUAAGGGGGAUUGUAUGGAAAGGCUAUGUUGCAGUAGUUCUUGUGCAGUGUGGCAUUAAUGAUAUGAGUGAAGAGGAACUUCAGCGAUACAAAACAACACAUAGCAUUAUAAUCGAUAUCAUAGAUAACUUAGACGAUAUAUUGUAUAAAGGACGAGAACUUAAAUUGAUUUGA